GGAGGAGCGUUAGAUAAGUAGAUUGGUUGAUUUUGAAACCCUAGGGUUUUGUUUUUGGGCUUUUUCACGUUACUUGUGUCUUUGCCAUCUCUCUGUUUUCAGAAGCAUCUGAGGAAGAGAAGAGAGAGUGGAUCGCUGUCCGAAGUCAAUUCACUCAAAUCAGGUUUUUGCAGUUAAGAUAAAAUGAGUGGAACAGAGAAAGGAGGAUCGGGAACCACAAAAACCCCUGCUGAUUUCCUCAAAUCCAUUCGUGGAAGGCCGGUUGUCGUCAAGCUCAAUUCCGGUGUUGAUUACCGAGGUAUACUUGCUUGUCUAGAUGGUUAUAUGAAUAUUGCAAUGGAGCAGACAGAGGAAUAUGUCAAUGGACAACUGAAGAACAAGUAUGGUGACGCUUUCAUCCGAGGAAAUAAUGUUCUAUACAUCAGUACCUCAAAGAGGACUCUAGCAGAGGGGGCGUAGAAUGUAUAGGAUUGUUGAUGUUUUUUAAUGUUUGGAAGACGCGUAUGAUUUUUUAGAGACUGCCUUUAUGUUGCAACUCUUGCCUAUUGUAGACGAUUUGCCCUGGUUAUAUAUAUGUAAGGCAAAGCAGUAUGGUCAGUUUGUAAAAUGCACGUUGACACAUUUUGAUAGAAUUUUUAACCUACUUUGAAAAUUCAAAAUUGUAAUAGAAACUUCUAUCGCUUUGAUUUUU